ACGCUCAAAGUAGAUGUACAUGAUCCUCCCUGGCGCUUGGUGGCGCUUGUUACUUGUUGGUGUUAUCGAGUAAUUUCAGUCGAGAAAAAGAAGCCACCACGGCUCUGUCUGUCUGAUAGCUUUGAGGCGGUGAAUGACUUUUUUGUGUGAAGUAUAUCGUCCAGGCUACACAUAUGACACAUACAUGUCUCCCGCUCUACUUUGAUUGUAAUUGUGCCUACCAGUAAAUAUGAAUCGUCCAAAGCCUACAACUCUUAGGCGCCCCAGUGCAGCGAAACCAUCAGGCCAUCCCCCUACAGGAGAUUUUAUUGCUCUGGGCUCUAAGAGCCAGGGAGGAGAGCCGAAAGCCCCUGCUGUCCUCCUGAAGGCAACCUCUACAAAUUUACCUGCUGACCGCAAGAGAGAGACUUCCUCCACUCUGCCAUCCUCAUCAGGGCUAGCCAACCUAACUAAGCGGCCCAAACUAUCCACCACCCCUCCUGUCAGUGCCCUUGGACGUCUCGCUGAUGUUGCUGCAGUGGACAAGAGGGCUAUAUCGCCCUCAAUAAAGGAGCCAUCAGUAGUACCUAUUGAAGUUUCUCCAGCAGUGCUGUUGGACGAGAUUGAAGCUGCUGAAUCAGAAGGAAAUGACGAUCGCAUUGAGGGAUUGCUGUGUGGAGCAGUGAAACAGCUCAAGAUGAACAGAGCCAAGCCUGACAUCACACUUUACCUUAGCCUCAUGUUUCUGGCCAAAAUCAAGCCCAAUGUUUUUGCAACUGAGGGAAUUAUUGAGGCCUUGUGCAGCCUCCUGCGUAGGGAUGCUUCUAUCAACUUUAAAGCAAAAGGCAACAGCCUGGUCUCUGUUCUGGCAUGCAAUCUGCUGAUGGCAGCAUACGAGGAGGAUGAGAACUGGCCAGAGAUAUUUGUCAAAGUUUACAUUGAGGACUCUCUGGGUGAAAGAAUCUGGGUGGACAGCUCUCACUGUAAGAAUUUUGUUGACAACAUUCAGACUGCUUUUGGAACAAAAAUGCCCCCAAAGAGUAUGCUGCUCCAGGCUGAUACGGGCCGCUCUGCUGGAGAUCUGAGUGCAGGUAGCAGCCCUCAUCCAUCAACCCCAGAUGAGGAUGACAGCCAGACUGAGUUGCUGAUAGCUGAGGAGAAACUCAGCCCUGAGGAUGAAGGGCAGGUUAUGCCAAGGUAUGACGAACUUGCAGAGAGUGUGGAGGACUAUGUGCUUGAUGUCCUCAGGGAUCAGUUGAACCGCAGGCAGCCGAUGGACAAUGUGUCCCGAAAUCUGUUGCGUCUGCUCACAGCCACAUGUGGCUACAAAGAGGCAAGACUCAUGGCGGUGCAAAGGCUGGAGAUGUGGCUCCAGAACCCAAAGUUGACUCGCCCAGCUCAGGACCUCCUGAUGUCUUUGUGCAUGAACUGCAACACCCACGGAGCAGAUGACAUGGAGGUUAUCUCCAACCUGAUCAAGAUCCGACUCAAACCCAAAGUUCUUCUUAAUCAUUACAUGCUGUGUGUCAGGGAGCUACUAAAUGCACACAGAGACAACCUGGGAACUAUGGUGAAGCUCGUCAUCUUUAAUGAGCUGUCCAAUGCCCGGAAUCCCAAUAACAUGCAAGUCCUCCAUACAGUGCUGCAGCACAGCCCAGAGCAAGCUCCAAAGUUCUUGGCAAUGGUGUUCCAAGACCUGUUAACCAAUAAGGAUGAUUACCUUCGUGCCUCAAGAGCUUUGCUCAGAGAAAUCAUCAAACAGACUAAGCAUGAGAUCAACUUCCAGUCCUUUUGCUUUGGUUUGAUGCAGGAGAGAAAAGAGGCCAGCUAUGUUGACAUGGAGUUUAAAGAGCGAUUUGUCAUCCAGGUGACAGAUUUACUCACUGUUUCUAUGAUGUUGGGCAUCACCGCUCAGGUCAAGGAAGCAGGCAUUGCAUGGGACAAAGGAGAGAAGAAGAAUCUUGAGGUCCUGAGGUCCUUUCAGAAUCAGAUUGCUGCCAUCCAGAGAGAUGCUGUGUGGUGGCUUCACACUGUUGUUCCUACCAUCAGCAAACUUGGUGCAAAAGACUACGUUCACUGCCUUCACAAAGUGCUUUUCACAGAGCAGCCUGAGACAUAUUACAAGUGGGACAACUGGCCUCCGGAGAGCGACAGAAAUUUCUUCCUUCGCCUUUGUUCUGAAGUUCCUCUUUUGGAGGACACUCUGAUGCGUAUUCUGGUGAUCGGGCUGUCACGUGAUUUGCCUCUGGGCCCGGCAGACGCAAUGGAGCUUGCUGAUCACCUGGUUAAGAGAGCUGCCGGAGUUCAGUCAGAUGCAGAUCUCGAGGUCCUGAGAGUGGAGAGGAUCCAGCUCAUUGAUGCUGUUCUGAAUCUGUGUACAUACCACCACCCAGAGAACAUUCAACUGCCUGCUGGGUACCAACCACCAAAUUUGGCAAUAUCCACACUCUAUUGGAAGGCAUGGCUAUUGUUGCUUGUUGUGGCUGCAUUUAACCCUCAGAAGAUAGGUUUGGCUGCCUGGGAUGGAUAUCCCACCCUAAAAAUGCUUAUGGAGAUGGUUAUGACAAAUAACUAUACAUACCCUCCUUGUACCAUUGCGGAUGAGGACACAAAAACAGAGAUGAUCAACAGAGAGCUACAGAUCUCCCAGAGAGAGAAACAAGAGAUUUUAGCCUUUGAGAGCCACUUGGCUGCAGCUUCAACCAAACAGACCAUCACCGAGAGCAACAGCUUGCUCUUGUCUCAGCUUACCAGUUUGGACCCACAGGGACCUCCUCGUAGACCUCCUCCUCAGGUCCAGGAGCAGGUUAAAAGUCUCAACCAGUCUCUGCGUCUCGGUCACCUCCUUUGCCGCAGUCGCAACCCUGACUUUCUUCUCAACAUCAUCCAGAGACAGGCUUCUUCUCAGUCCAUGCCAUGGUUGGCUGAUUUGGUCCAGUCCAGUGAGGGAUCCUUGGAUGUGCUCCCAGUGCAAUGCCUGUGUGAAUUCCUUCUUCACGAUGCUGCAGAUGACAGCUUGCUCAUAGACGAUGAUGAAGAAGGAGAAAGCAAAGAGCAGAAAGCCAAGAAGAGACAAAGACAACAAAAGCAGAGGCAAUUACUUGGGCGCCUCCAGGAUCUUUUGUUAGGUCCCAAGGCUGAUGAGCAGACAACAUGUGAAGUACUGGAUUACUUCCUGCGCCGUCUCAGCUCUUCUCAAGUGGCAUCAAGAGUCUUAGCCAUGAAGGGUUUGUCUUUGGUGCUGACUGAAGGAGGCCUGAAAGAUGGGGAGGAGCGAGACCAGCCCAUGGAAGAAGACUCUGCAGAUGCUGAGCUCUUGCCAGGUUACCAGUGGCUGCUACAGGACCUCCCCAAGCUCCCUUUGUUUGACAGUGUCAGGGGCAUGACAUCCACUGCCCUGCAGCAGGCCAUUCACAUGGAGACAGAUCCACAGACGAUCAGUGCCUAUCUCAUCUAUCUAUCCCAGCAUGCACCAGUGGAGGAGCAGGCUUCUCAUAAUGACCUGGCUUUGGACAUUGCCCGGCUCAUCGUCGAGCGUUCAACCAUCAUGAACAACCUCUUUUCCAAACACUCCAGCAGACCUGAGUCUGACGCUGUGCUCUAUGCUUUCCUCUCCAUCUUCUCUACGUAUAUUAAGAGGAUGAGGAAGACCAAGGAGGGCGAGGAUCUUUACAGCUGGUCAGAAUCUCAAGACCAGGUGUUUCUACGCUGGACUACAGGGGAGACUGCUACAAUGCACAUUCUUGUAGUCCAUGCUAUUGUUAUCUUGCUAACUCUGGGACCACCCAAAGGAGAGAGUGAUUUCCACAUGCUUUUGGACAUUUGGUUUCCUGACAAGAAACCUCUACCCACUGCCUUCCUGGUUGACACCUCAGAGGAAGCCCUGCUGCUUCCCGAUUGGUUGAAAUUGAGGAUGAUUCGUUCUGAGGUCUCACGACUGGUCGAUGCAGCUUUACAAGACCUCGAGGCUCAGCAGCUGCUGCUUUUUGUUCAAUCUUUUGGGAUUCCAGUCUCCAGUAUGAGUAAACUUUUGCAGUACUUGGAUCAGGCUGUGUCCCAUGAUCCACAGGCUUUAGAGCAAAACAUCAUGGACAAGCACUACAUGGCCCAUUUGGUUGAAGUGCAGCAUGAGCGAGGGGCCACUGGGGGGCAUACUUUCCAUUCUUUACUCAGUUCCUCUCUUCCUCCACACAGAGAUUCAUCUGAAACAAGUAAGGCCAAAGUUACAGUGGAAACUCCUCACAGCUCUGUGAAGAUGAGAGCAGCCACUCAGCUUCCUGUAGUCGGGCCUGACGAUGAUCUCACUGGCAUGUUGCUUCAGAUUUUCCCCUUGAAAGUGGACCCCCGCUGGCAUGGCCCUCCUCCCAGUCAGGUCUCCCUGGCCCUCCAACAGGCCUUAGCUAAAGAGUUAAUGCGAGCUAAGCAGGGCCAGAUUCAGCAGGGUGGUUUGGCAUUUCGACUCCUGCAGGCCAUUGCAGCCUUGCUCGCUUCUGCUCAUGCAGGGCCAAUAGUAAUAUCAAUGCAUCGGAGUCACUCUCUGUCCUGCCCUCUUAUGCGCCAGCUUCAUCUCUAUCAGCGUCUCGUUUCCCAGGACAUUGCUUUCUCAUCACUGUUUCUCAAAGUCAUUGUUGAGAUGUUAAUCUGGUUAGACAACCCAACUGUAGAGGCAGGACCACUAAAGACUCUGCUCAGAUCUUUUGCUGGACAGAACUCUCACAAGCACAGGCUCAGUGAUGUACGUACAGGUUUCCUUCACCUGGCUGAGGCGUUGGCAUAUCGCAGAGAUACUGAAGUUCCACUGAGAGCCAUCAUAGCAAUGCUGAAAACUGGAGAGAAAUGUAAUGCAGAACCUGAACUUGUUGGCAAAGUGCUACAAGGGCUGAUGGAGGUGAAGUCACCAUAUUUGGAGGAGCUACUGUCUCUGCUGAUGACUGUUGGUACACAGAAUGGGACAGCGGGCUCUGUUGCUAUGGUGAUUUCUUUGCUCCUUCAGGAAAGCGAGGAGCGAGCUGUGAAAAAGGAAGUGGAUUCUAAUAAUGGCUCAGAGGUGACAAAGUCAGGACUUAGCUCUGGGCUUCUGGUUGAUUGGCUGGAGCGUCUUGACCCUGAGGUUACUUCAGUGUGUCCAGACCUUCAACAGAAGCUGCUGUUUGCCCUCAACAAGGCACGAGGGACCCCAGCUUACAGACCUUAUCUUUUGGCCUUGCUUACACAUCAGUCAAACUGGUCCACUCUGCUGCAGUGUAUCAGUGCUCUUCUCAGCAAGCGCAGAGACUACAAACUGGACCCAUCCUCUGCUCUGGAUUUCUUGUGGGCGUGCAGCCACAUUCCUCGUAUCUGGCAAGGACGUGACCAGAAGAUCCCUCAAAAGAAAACUGAAAAGUUUGUUCUCCGGCUCAGUUCAGAGGAGCUCAUUAGCCUGAUGGACCUGAUAUUGUCAGAAUCAGAGCUUAACAGCCACGACACACUCCAGGAUGACAAAAACAGUGUGGACCAGGCCCCCUGCUCCCUCAUCCAAUCCAGACUGCCCCUCCUUCACUCGUACUGUAAUGGAAAUUUAGAAGACAUCAAGAAAGUAUCAGAGUACCUCAUCAACUGCUCAAAAAAAUGGGAGGACAGUGCAAUGAGUAAGAGGUGCCAGAACCUGCUGCUACAGAUCUAUCUGCACUUCCCUGAGGUCAUCCAGCACGUUGCCCUGCCUGAAAGCACGUUCAGCAGCGGCGGGGCAGCAGAUGGCAGCAGCUGCAAGCUUGAUGUCCUGGUGCAUCGCCUGGUCACACUGCUUGCUGAUAUAGGAGACUCAAAGUCUGCCGAGAGCCGCGUGUCUGAUGCCAAUCUCGCUUGCAGGAAGUUGGCUGUAUCGCACCCUGUACUGUUACUCAGACACCUGCCCAUGAUUGCAGGCCUCCUACACGGUCGCAUGCACCUAAACAUGCAGGAGUUUCGCCAGCAAAACCACAUGACAUUCUUCAGCAAUGUACUCGCUAUUCUGGAGCUUCUGCAGCCACUUGUUUUCCACAGUGAUCACCAGAGGGCGCUUCAAGACUGCCUUCUGUCUUUUAUGAAGGUCCUUCAGAAUUUCCAGAGGACACGUUCGCCGUUGGUCUUCAUUAACAAGUUUCUUCAGUUUACACAGAAGUACAUUACGCACGACGCAGCAGCAGCCAUUCCUUAUCUACAGAAGCACUCUGACAUCUUACAGAGUUUGUGUGCGGAAAAUCCAGAUUUGGUCCAGCUGAAAUCUCUCCUAGCUGGACUCACUUUGCCUGUAAAAAGCUCUUCUGCAGAGGUAUCUACAGAAGAGAGAGAUGACGACUUGGCUGCAGGUUCUCUGCCCUUAGUCAACAUAUCGGCCUCAUUUUUACUGAGCGCUGCAGACAUGACAAUGUACUUGAAAAAGAUGUCAAAGGGAGAGGCAGUCGAGGAUGUGUUGGAGGUGUUGACAGAGGUGGAUGAGAAGUCAAGGAGGAGCCCAGAGAUCAUACAGUACUUCAUUAAUGAUCUGCAGAGGCUCAUGACUUCGCCUGAGGAGUUGUGUCGGAACAUGGCCUUCAGUCUCGCCCUACGCUGCAUUCAAAAUAAUCCAUGCCUGGCAACAGACUUCCUGCCAACUUUCAUGUAUUGCAUGGGCAGUGGCAACUUUGACGUGGUGCAGACUGCUUUAAGGAAUCUUCCGGAAUAUGUGCUUCUCUGUCAAGAACAUGCAGACAUCUUGCUCUACAAGGCGUUUUUGGUGGGUAUCUACGGACAAAUCGACACCAGUUCAAUGAUCUCAGAGUCCAUGAAAGUCCUUCACAUGGAAGCAACAACCUAACGAUAAAGUGUUUGACUCCACGUCUGACUAAAAAUGCUGUCAGUCAUUCUUUGCGUUCCACACCUUGAUAUUAUGUUUUUUCAAUCCCUUAAAUUCAGUUCAGUAAUUUCAGGAUAAUUUAUUAACUUCAAGAAAUGCAUAAAAAAUCCCAUUGAAUAAAAUGAAAAUAAUAUAAUUAAAAUGGUAAAAUCAGCGUAAUUGUAAUAAUGGAACAGGUAUUACUGUGCUACAUUUUAAUAGAUAUGGAUUAUUUAACUUGGUUCGAUUACUUCAACAAUAAAGUUAAAUGGAACAUCAAAAGGUCAUAUUAUUAUAUAGGAAUAUUAGUUGGAGACAGCAGAGCGGAUAACGCUGAAGAAAUUCUCAACAGAAGAUAAUGAAAAAUAAAUAUAAUAUAGGAAUUCAUAUUUCAGAAUUUGGGGUGUAAUUUGGAGAGAAACUUUUGCAUUUCUGAAGUUAUUAAAUUAUUUACAGAUGCAACGCUUCAUGAAAAAAGAAAAGGGUUUUUUGGCUUCACACUUUUAAUAGUUUUGAAAAUGAAGUCCUUCUUUGAAUUUUUGAAUUUCCAGAAUUUGAAAUUAAGAGUUUAACUUAUUUUCUCGACUGUAUUAGUUGGUUUCAAGAAGAGCUUUCAUUUAUUAACUAGUUAUUAAAAUGUUCGAAGAGCUUGUGAAUCAUUAAAACUAAGAAACGAAAAAGUGUAACUGUUUAAACAGUGCUGUGAAUUCCUUUCAAACCUGCGCACCAUUUGGAAGCAACCUUAUUGUGAACUUAAUAAAAUAACUUUUGGAAAACGCCA